AUGGGUAAUCAAGUAACAUCCAGCAUGUUUUAUAAAAAUAAUGAUACGAAAAAAAAUAAUGCGGAAGGUAAUAAGUAUUAUGAAGACAAUAACAAAAAAAAAGAAAAAGAUCUGUCCGUGCCAGACAUUUUGUCAAAAAACGAAAAUUUACAAAAUGGGGAUAAGUUAAAACAAGUAGAUACGCAAAAUGUGCAUAUGCAGAAUAGUACAAAAAAUAAUGAAAUUGAAAAAAUAAAGGAAGAAAAUUUUUAUUUAUUUGAUGAAAGUUUAAAUUCAAAUAUUGUUAAGCAUCCUUGUCAUGCGCAAUGGUUUUUAUUUUGGGUAUUCGCAGCAUACUUAAAUGAAAAUUUUUCAGACGCGGAGAGGAAGCAUGUUCAUUCAUUUUAUUCCAAUUUUCCUGAGCAGUGCAUAAAAGGCAAGGGUAAAAAUUGUUUCCUGGAGUUUUCCAAAAUAUAUCCAUUUAGAGCGCAAACCCGGGAAGAAGUGAUGACAUGGUUGCAAAUGUGCGAAAAUUACUGCAGACAAAAGGCAGGCAUACCUGUAAAAAUUUUUAAUUACAAGAAGUUGCUAAAAAGAUGGAGGUAUGAUGAUGCUUAUAUUUAA